GCCACAUCCAGGCGUUUUUUGAACACUUCCAGGGAUGGUGACUCCCCCCUGCCCUGGGCAGCUGUGCCAGUGUCCUUGUCCCAGGAUUUCAAAGCUGUGGUUGCUGCAUGGGGUGUUUUUUUGGCCUCAUGGACAAGCCCAGUGUCAGGAACAACCUGGUCACUUUUGGAGCUCAUCCUCACGUGGUCUUUGCAGAAUACAUUGUUGGUUCUUAAAAGAAACUCCAUCUGGGGAAUGUCCAAGUUUCCUGGCACCUGUGGAGGUGAUUUUUCCUUCCACACUAUUAAUGACCAAUGUGCUUUUUGAAUUGGCAGAUUACACACAUUAACAGAAGGAACAGUUUUCUUGACAGGGUUCAGUGGGGCACUUCUGCAAGAUUUUUCACCAGGAAAGGGAUGUUCAUUCUGCUUUUUUAUAAUUUUUUUUCCUCCUUGUAUUUUAAGCUGUUUGCUCACCCAGAGCUGAAAUCAAGAGAGAAGGAGUAAGGGCGAGUCUGUAUUUUGAAACUACCACACAAUUAAAUAUUAUUUCAAUAAUAUUUCAAUAUUAACAAAUUGGUUUAUAAUCGUUUACCAGUUCUCUGUUAGCAAUCCAACUGGCCUUUUCCAAGGAAUCUGCUCAGAGUCAUGAGUGAGCCUCUGCUUCACAGUGUGGACACAGUUUGGAUGGUGAACCGUCCUGUGUUUAUAGCCAGGGCAGAUCAAAGCACUCCCCAGUUAGAAGGUUAAGGUUAUUCUACAGACUGAAGGGUGGAUUAAAUAUAUUCUCUUAAAUGCAGCUUCCCACAUGUUAGUGACGUGGAAAUGCUCCAAAGCCCACGGGCAGCUGUGCUUGGAGAUCCUGGGGUGGAGGGUUUCCCGCGCCGUGUCCGAGCGACAUUCCCAGCUGACGUGAGAUCCAUCUCUGCAGCAUUAUCUGUUGAGAGGUGCUGACUGUACUGCUACAGCAUGCAACUCAAAGGUGGCUGGAAAAAUAGGUUUUGGGAGUCUACAGAUCAUUACAAUGUUGAAACGUGUCCUCAAUUAGCCUGCUGGUGUUUUUGUUCCUGUGGAAAUCCUGUCGCGUACAGCGAGUUUAGGCCAAAGAUGUCUGGACUGAAACAUGCGACUCUGACCAGAGUACAUUUAUGGAAAACAGAGCUGCCAGGAGCUAGGGAUGGACCUGAACGAGUGCCAGCUAUUUUCCAUUACUAAAUUGAAGAAAAUAUUUCAUAUCAAUGGACUCUUCAGAGCUGCAAAUACUGAUAAUUUUUUUUCCCCCCCACAAGUAACGUUUUUUUCUUGUUGUGGUUUGAAAGAUGCUGCACUUACACUGGCUGUUCACGUCAGUGCAACCACUGCUGUCUGAUGUCCUUGAAAAAUCAGAGCACUUCACCCUUUUUUUAGAUCCCAGAAGCUGCAUGUGUUUGUUCUGAAGUAUUUUGAGUGCACUGAGUUCAGGUACCCGAACGGGAAGUCACAAAGUAUUGCAGCUUGAACAGAAUCCAGAUUUUCUUCACGUUAAUUCCUUAUCUCUGCUUGUUUAUCGAAUCUCUUGGCUGUGAAUUCCUGGUUUGCCUCGUCCCAGCAGUGCAGAUGGAGUAGGAGGCAGCACUAGACCCCCCUAGAGCCCCCCGGAGCAGCCCCGGCCCCGUGCAGGCAGUGUCAGGGCUCCACCCACGCCGGCACCGCUGCAGGUUGGAGGCCACACUGGGAACCCCCCACUCACCCUGGAGCUUGUUAGUUUGUCCUUGUCCUGACUAACAAAUGUCCUUUCCCCUCUCUCUAAUGCUGCUGGGGCACAGAGGAGGUCCCUGAGCUCCCCACGUCCCAGGCUGCAGUCGGUGGUGUCUGACACCAUGGGCUGCUGGAGCCUGGCCGAGCCGGGGCCGGGCUGUGUCGCACUGGAAAUCUGUACGGAUCUGUGGACUCCACUAGUUCCAAAGUGUCAUUUGAUGAGGCUGCUGAUUUGACAUUUAGCAGCAGCCAUAUGUGGACAGCGCUAUAAAUAAUGUGCUUCUGGAAGCUGAAUGGUGUAGCAUUACUAUUUGGCUUUUCUCUCUGGUCUUCAUUGUGUCAUCUGUAGUGAGCUCUAGGUUUUGUUUUGGGAAUCUUUUCAACCUCUUGUUUGCAUGGGUUCACCCAGUAGCAUCCGAUCCUUGCUUAUAGAUUCCUCCAUACACAGUGAGCACAGCUUACAAUCCACUCAAGAGACGAAUGGUUCCUGCCCGUGCCAGGAUGGGCAGUGGGGAUACAAUCCCUGGGGAUCUCAUGGAAAACCUGUCAGGCAAAACGAGUGCUGUGGUUUAUCCAUAACGCAGCACCACCCCACAGGCAUCACCAAAACCUUUGUGUUCUCCUCCAGAUGUUUGAAUUUGAAGCAAUUUCUUUUCCUGUUGGCCAGAACCUUUGUCAGAAAUUUCUGCUGGGGAUAUCCCAUUUAGGAAUCACUGAUCCCUGUGGAAAGCAACCAAGGGCAUCUUGUGAGGGCACAGGAUGGGGAAUUGAGGAGCCCAGUUUGGAGCUGGUGGAGCCUCUCACUUGGGAUGAGGUUUUUCCUCAGCUCCACGAGGGUUUCGUGCAGUCAAGACCUUGCAUUUCCUAUACCCUUUGGAAAAGUUAAGCUCUGUCAUUAAUGCCAAGUUCUCCUUCUGUAAAUAGAAAUGAUCACUGGUGAUCAGCUCCAGAGGGGUGAGAUGAUGCUGGGGGGUGUGAGUUGUUCCACCCAGAGCUGCUCUCCCUGCAUGGAGCACCCACAGCCCCCACGGCUGGGUGCCCACCCCCUUGGGUGGUACAGGAGAGCCCCCUUGCUCACUCAAACACCUAUUGGGACACCUGUUUUGGCUGCCUCAGUAAAUUUUAUUGUGGCUGUAACACAGGGAGCUCCAGGAUGGCAGAGGAAGAAAGUGAGGAGACUCGUGCCAGCCCUCCUCGGCUGUGGCAUUUCUGUGCAUCAGUGCAGCUCUUCUGGAGGAAAACUGCUGCAGCUGAGGAUAGUCUGUUCAAAAGGAAUGACAGCCUUUGACACGGACAGGAAGUUUUCUGUGAAAAAAACCAUCUUUUCUAUGUGAAAGAGGCUGUACUUUUACAGAACUGUCACUUAAAAAUGCAAUUUAAAUGAAAAAAGCUGCUGGCUGUUGCAGCAUUCGCUGCUCCAUAUCAAAUUUUGGUCCCAGUACCCCUGGCUACUCCCCAGGCUCUGCAGACUGGCCCCACAUGGGAGCCCAGCAAGCCUGGCCUUCAGUCAUUUCAUUUUUAGAGCAGCAUUUGCACUGAAGAGCAGUUCUGUCAGUCUGCCUCUGUCAGAGGGCCGGCAGAGCCACUGGAAAAGGAGGGAGGAGACUGAACGUGGCUGGAAACGAGCAGACUAAUGACCAGGUCCCAGCUCAAAGAUUAAUAUUAAAUUACUGGAGUUCUCCUCCCUGUUCAGUGAAACAGAAGAUGCUCCAUUUCAAUUCAGCAGGAUUUAAAAUUAGCUCCACUGUGUAAACAAACAAAUGGAAAAAAUUGGGCUGGGAAAACCACCCCCUUCCUGGGAACUGAGACAGGACGAUGCUCAGGCAUAAUUCCAAUUUAUGUCAAGCAACUCGCGACCAUCCUCUUGAGUGGUUCUGUAAAAGUGGUGCUAAUGUGUAUAACCCUUCUAAAUUUUUCUUUUUCCCUUUAACAUUUGUUUCCCCCUUCACUGUGUCAGUCACAACACACCGCUCUUGAAUCUCCCAGCUGGUCUUGACUUGUUGAAUUUAUUUUAUGCUUUCACUCUUCUUUAAUAAAUACAUUACUUGCAAGCAGUGAAUUGAAAACAAAGCAAAAGAAAAAAAAAAAAACUACCAUUAGUGAUUGGACAGUUUCUUACUUUGUGUUACAUUUAACUGUUCUUUUGACAGCCCAGUUUUUAAAGCCAGGAUAAUAUUGGACACCGCUUACUCCAGAAACAUGGGUGGAAGCUGGGCCAGGGAUUGGGAAAGUCACUGCAGGCGUUAUGAUCCUGGACUUGUUGUGGUGAUGGUAAACUUAGCAGUGGGAGGACGGAUCCCAUCCCCAUCGUCGUCAAGUAUGAUGUCAUGGGCAUGGGCCGCAUGGAGAUGGAGCUUGACUACGCCGAGGAUGCCACAGAGCGGAGGCGAGUGCUGGAGGUGGAGAAGGAAGACACCGAGGAGCUGAGGCAGAAAUACAAGGAUUAUGUUGAUAAAGAAAAGGCCAUUGCCAAGGCUUUGGAAGACCUCAGAGCAAACUUCUACUGUGAACUCUGUGACAAGCAGUAUCAGAAGCAUCAGGAGUUUGACAACCACAUAAACUCUUAUGACCACGCUCACAAACAGAGGUUGAAAGAUCUCAAGCAAAGGGAGUUUGCUCGCAAUGUCUCUUCGAGGUCACGGAAGGAUGAGAGGAAGCAGGAGAAGGCCCUUCGGCGCCUGCACGAGCUGGCUGAGCAGAGGAGGCAGCCUGAGUGUGCUCCUGGAAGUGGGCCCAUGUUCAGAACCACCACUGUGGCCGUGGAUGAGGAAGGUGGAGACGACGACGAUUCCGCGGCCAACAGCGGCUCCUUCGUCCAGACAAGUUCUGGCCAGGCUGCAGAGAUGACUAUGGACAGAGGCUUCCUGAACACUGGACAGGGUGUGAUGCCAAGCCAGGCGCCCUCCCAGGCAGCGCAGGCCAUCAGCUUUGGCAUCAAGAGCUCUCUGGGGACUCCGCUGCAGAAGAUCGGGGUGUCGUUUUCCUUCGCGAAGAAGACUCCAGUCAAGCUGGAGACCAUCGCUUCUGUUUUCAAGGACCAUGUGGAAGAGUCCAGCUCUUCAGAUGGGGCAAAAGGGGAUGAGAGGGGGUCUUCAGAGGCUGGCAGCCUGCAGAAGUCUGGGGAGGGAGAAGGCACCAACAAUUCUGACGGCAAGGAGGACGAUGACCAGCACGACAAGGACAGCGGGUCCCUGGCCAGCACCUUAUCGAAACUGAAGAAGAUGAGGAGAGAAGAUGGACCAACGGCCAUGGAACCGGAGUACUACCACUACAUCCCCCCAGCCCACUGUAAAGUGAAGCCCAAUUUUCAAUUCCUGCUUUUCAUGAAGUCAACCGAACAAAUGGAAGCUGAAAAUGUGAACAAAAAAAACACAAAUGAAGUGAAAAAGGGGACUUCCCCCAAACCCAAACCCGGGAAGCACACGGAGAAAGCCACUGAGAGCACGGCGCAGCAGAAGGAGCAGAGUACUACUGAAACCACAUCCCAGCAGGGCAAAACAGAGCCAAAAGACGUCCAGGAGAAUGAAAGUACAGAGGAGAGCAAACACCUUCCAGAGAGCAAACCCCCUGAGCCAGACACUGCUAAAGAAGCUGCUCCACCUGCCUCGGGCUGCAGAGAUGGCUCUGAGGGACCAAAGCACCCGACAGGACCUUUUUUCCCAGUUCUGAGUAAAGAUGAGAGCACAACACUGCAGUGGCCUUCAGAGCUGCUCAUAUUCACCAAAGCUGAGCCCUCUGUGUCCUACAGCUGUAACCCCCUGUACUUCGACUUCAAGCUCUCCCGCAACAAAGAUGCCAAAGGGAAAGGGGCAGAGAAAUCCAAGGAUCCGGGGGGACUUUGUAAAGACAACACUCAGAGCACAGAGUCUGGUGAGGUGAGCAAAGCCAAGGAGGGUGAAAGCGUAGGCAACAGUUCUGCUGUGAAAACAGAGAACAAAUCCCAGAGCAAGCAGGAGUGCGACCCGGGCAGCGUCGGUAAGGGGGAGGGGGAGGACAGCAGUAAGAGCAUAACGGGGAAGAGUAAAUCAGGGAGGUCCCAUAAACACAAAAAGAAAAAGAAGCACAAAAAGUCCAGCAGACACAAACGCAGACACAAGGAGGAAGCUGAGGAGAAGGGCCGGAAAGCUGAGCUGGGGGAAGAGAAACCCAAGAAGCGGAAAAGGCACAGGCACAAAAAAGGUAAAUCCUCCCUUUCGACGGAGUCAGACCGGGUGCUGAAACCCGAACUGUCAGAAGACUGCAGCCACUUCCAGAAGAAAAAGCGGUGCUCCCAGGAGUCCCAGAGGAAAUCCCUGUCUGCCGAGGAGGGAAGCAGCGGUAAAAAAGAGGACGGGGGUAACUCCUGCCAAGAGCACGGCAGCAAGAAACACAAGGCUGAGCUGCAGCAGGUCCCUGCUGCGAGGAGGCGCUGCCCGGCUGCGUCCCAGGGCCGGCCCGGCCGCCGGAGCCGGCAGAGCAGCGGCGACUACGACAGCGACGAGGGCUCCCACGGGAAGCACUGCCGGCAGAAAUCCCCGUCCCAGUACAGCGACGACUACGACUCCGGCAGCGAGCACUCCCGCAGCCGCUCCCGCUCGGGCCGCGGGCACUCCUCCCACAGGUCCUACUCCAGCAGCUCCGACGCCUCCUCGGAGCACAGCCGGUACAGCCGCCGCAGGAGCUACUCCGACGACAGCUACAGCGACUACAGCGACCGCUCCCGCUGCCACUCCAAGCGCUCCCAGGACUCGGAGGAUGACUCCGACUACAACAGCUCGAACCACCGCUCGAAGCGGCGCAAAUACUCCUCGUCGGAGGAUGACUACAGCUCGAGCAGGAGCAGGUCCAGGAGCCGGAGCAGGAGCCGAACCCACCCUCGGGGCAGGUCAAGAUCGAGGAGCCGGGGCAGGACCCGCAGCAGCAGCUGCAGCCGCAGUCGGAGCAAGAGGAGGAGCCGGAGUGUGACGGGUCGGAGCUGGAAGCGGAGCCGCAGCUACAGCCGGGACCGGAGCCGCAGCACCCGGAGCCACUCGCAGAGGUCCCUGUCACGGAAGGGCUCACGGGGCCACGAGAGCCCCGAGGAGAGAAGGUCUGGCAGGAGGGACUUCAUCAGGUCCAAGAUCUAUCGCUCCCAAUCCCCGCACUAUUUCCGGACAGGCCGAGGUGAAGGAUCGCUGCUGAAGAAAGAGGAGGGCAAAGGAGAGGAUCUGAAAGGAUCUGGCUCUCUCUCCCAGAACAGCAGCAGCUCUGGCACGGGGCGGGCCUCGGAAGGGGACUGCAGUCCUGAGGAGAGAAACUCUGUCACUGCAAAGCUGCUUUUGGAAAAGAUUCAGUCCAGGAAGGUUGAGAAGAAGCCCUGUGUGGCUGAUGAGGUGCUGGCGGGGGCAAACAAGGUGGGCAUAAAGCUCAAAGAUCCUCCCCAGGGCUACUUUGGCCCAAAACUUCCUCCUUCCUUAGGCAACAAACCGGUUCUCCCGUUAAUCGGGAAGCUGCCAACGGUGCGGAAACCGAACUCCAAACGAUACGAGGAGUCUGGCUUGGAGAGGGGUGAGGAGCAAGAGCUGUCGGAUGCUGAGGACGGUUCCCAAGGCAUGGAGGAGGGUCAGCUGGCCGGGCAGUCUCUCCUGGAAGAUGUGGUGAUGGUCAUUCAGGACAAACCUCUGGACGAGCCGAAACGCGACGAACCUGCCGUGGAGAUGCCGUCGAUUCCCCUGGAAGCGCCGUCGCUCCCCGAGUGCUUUGGCUCCGGAGAUCUGGUCAUGUCACACAACUUCCUCUCGGAUCCGAACGAUGGUGAUGGGCUGGAACCCAUGGAUGGGGGCAGCCAGCCGGUCCCAGUGGAAACCAGUAUGAUGCCCUUGGUUCCAGACGUCGAGCACUUUCCUGGCUAUGUGCCUCAGAGCGGCGAGCCGAGCAUGGAAGGGGAUCGGGAAGGGGGAGAAGAUUCCUCUCUGGCCCCGCUGGAGAGCCAGCCCAUCACCUUCACCCCCGAGGAGAUGGAGAAGUACAGCAAGCUGCAGCAGGCGGCCCAGCAGCACAUCCAGCAGCAGCUCCUGGCCAAGCAGGUCAAGGCCUUCCCCGCCUCGGCGGCCCUGGCGCCGGCAGCGCCCGCGCUCCAGCCCAUCCACAUCCAGCAACCGGCGGCGGCCUCGGCCACGUCCAUCACCACGGUGCAGCACGCCAUCCUGCAGCACCACGCCGCUGCUGCCGCCGCCGCCAUCGGCAUCCACCCGCACCCCCACCCGCAGCCCCUCGCUCAGGUCCACCACAUCCCCCAGCCCCACCUGACGCCCAUCUCCUUAUCCCACCUGACCCACUCGAUUAUUCCAGGGCACCCCGCCACCUUCCUGGCCAGCCACCCCAUCCACAUCAUUCCGGCCUCAGCCAUCCACCCGGGCCCCUUCACGUUCCACCCGGUCCCGCACGCUCUCUACCCGACCCUCCUGGCCCCGAGGCCCGCAGCCGCCGCCGCCGCCACGGCCUUGCACCUCCACCCCCUGCUGCACCCCAUUUUCUCAGGACAGGACUUGCAGCACCCACCCAGCCACGGCACAUGAAGGACAGAACGAAGGAACCUCAGAGUUUUGGGAAGGGGUUGGAGCUGAUCCAGCGGGCAGGUGAGGCCUGAGCAUUUCCUGUCACUCUUGAGCAGCCGAAGAAGCCGGAGGCUCAAGGGCUGGGCGGCAGCGUUUUCCAUAUCCACUCCCAGGGAUGUCUCGCUCCCACACUUCCGUGCACGCAGCGGCACCGUUCCAAGAACCAUUUCACCUGCAGACCAGCGAGACACUUGGAAAGGCUUCUUUUUCCCCCCCCGGGUUCUUACACUUGGUCAUCUUCCUUCUGCCGCCUUGUAUAUAAUAAAUGAGGUCUCAUCCACACUAA